AUGGAAGCUUCGGUCAUGAAUCCGCCUGCUCCAACUACAGAAGAUAUCUUUCGCUAUCGCUAUCAACACGGUACGAACCUGGGAUCUAUUUUCGUCCUUGAAAAAUGGCUGCAUCGGAGCAUGCACGAGAAGGGAUCAUCAGGCUCGAGUGAAUUAUCAGCCGUUACACAGUCUUUGAAACAACACGGAUUAGAAGCCACCCGUUUAAAAUGGGAGCGACAUUGGCAGUCAGCUUUGAAGGAAGCAGACAUUGACUGGCUGAGAAACGUUGCCAGGUGUAAUUCAAUUCGCCUACCGAUAGGAUACUACACCCUUGGGCCUCGUUUUUGUGCAGGGACCCCGUUUGAGGGAGACCCGGCAGAGGUGUAUGCCCACGCCUGGAACUCGGUAAAAAAAAUCAUAGAAGAUUGUUACCAUCACGGCAUAGGCGUGCUUCUAGAUCUGCAUGCACUGCCAGGAGGUGCAAAUACAGAUUCUCACAGCGGAACAGAUAGCGGCAAGGCGGAACUUUGGAAGGUAAAUCAUAAUCUCUCGCUUGCAACAGAAUGCGUAACUUUUCUUCUACGAGAGGUAUCAAGUCACAAAAUGUCGAAUGUGAUUGGUAUUGAACUUUGCAAUGAGCCGUCUUGGGGCGCCGCAUCCGAAGUAUGGAAAUGGUACGACCAAGUUUUGCCUCUGGCUAAUGAAAUUGAUCCGUCUAUCCCUAUCUAUAUUGGCGACUGCUGGAAUCUCCCCGCGACAUUGGAUUAUGCUUUGAAAAGGAACGCUUUCAGUGCAACAGCCACAACACUGCCAAACCCGGUGAUAGUCGACUCGCACAAGUACUAUACCUUCUCGGCGAAGGAUCACAACCAAUCUCCGCAACAAAUAAUUGCCCGCGUCAAGGAUUCAUUGGCAGUAGUCUCGCAAAAGGAGGGUAAUAUUUUUGGGCGCAAAACGGCUGCGGCUGUCUACAUCGGCGAAUACAGCUGUACAAUGGACGCCAAGACAUGGAAUAAAGUCGACUCUUCAGAGCGUCCGUCCUUGACACGAGCAUUCGGCAACGCUCAAACGGAGAAAUGGCAGAAGAAAACAAGCGGGUCGGCAUUUUGGACCUUCAAAAUGGACUGGAUGGAUGGGGGAGACUGGGGCUUCAAAGAACAAGUCAAGACUGGAUCAAUAUUUCCUCCUGUUGGUCUGACCUUGACCAAGAGUGACAUCGUGUCGAAAUCCGAGAGAGCCGAGGCACAGAGAAAGGAUCUUCGAGAUACUGCAUUAUCACAGCAUGUGGGACAUUGGAAUAAAACCGCCCCUAAUAAGAAGUUUGAACACUCGCGCUACGAGAGCGGAUGGGAUCUCGGAUACGGAGAUGCCAUGGCCUUUUUCUGCUCUCGAAUUAACGGAACUAUACCAGAUAGACAUCAAGAGACACGAGGAGACAAGAUUGGCGCUUUUGAAUUGUGGAUAAGGAAACGCAUGGUCAGUACUGGCCAACUUACCAGUUCCUUCGGAUGGGAAUGGGAACACGGAUACAGAAAAGGGGUGAGAGAUUUUUACCAAGUUGUCUCUAUAUAG